AUGCUAAUUUCUAGCACCAUAAUUCUACUACUGUUAACAUUAAGUUUUCAAGUCACAAGUAUUGUUGCGACUCCAUGCGAUGACUAUAAUAUCACUCAUGAAGUAAAAAAUGAUACUGUACAAAUAAUAUUUUCAUCAUCUGAUAUAACGAGAUUAAAUCGAACAGUUCAAUGUACAGCAAAUUCAUCAGUAGAAUUCAUUGAUGGGCAUGUAUAUAAUUGCACUGGACUCGGUUAUGGACAAGACGGUCAAAUAUUUGUUGGAAUGCAACAUAAUAAUGGUACUUUAGAAACUUAUUUACAACCACCAACUUUAGCGUAUAUCAAUGUACCCGGUGAUAGAGUUCGUUUAGGUAUCGAACGUCCAAUAGGAUCUUUCGAUUAUGUUAUUAUUCAUUGUUCGGAUGAAAAAUCAUACAUAAUAUUUAACACUAGUACACCAUUAGACAACUCUAUAAUUACUGUUGAUUGCUCAUUUCUACAAAAUAUGCCACUUAUGAGUUUCGUAUUGAAAACUAUGAAGAAAGAUUUUAAGCCAGCAGUUACUCACAUUGUCCAAGAAGUUCCUUUCCCUAUUCCAUUUACACAUUCACUCGAUUCGCUUCUACUUACUGUCAUAGCAAAUCCAGCAGCAACAAUAAAUCUUCCUAGUAUAUAUGAAUUUAAUGUAAUAUUUCAUGAUAAAAAAAAUGAAAGUAUUACCUAUGAAAGAACAAAAGUAUCCAAUUUUAACCUUUAUCCAAAUUUAACAUUCAAGUAUGGUCUUAUACCUAAUCUUAAACAUGAAAUUAUUUUUACUCAUACUCUCAAUCCAAUUGGUUAUGCGUUAUCAAAUUCGACAACAAUACCAAUAUCAAAUGUUUCAUAUCCAUAUGAAGUAACAAAUCUUCGUAUACAAGAAGACUUUCAUAGUAUCAUACUUAGCUGGAUCGAUACUCAUUCUUUAUAUGAUCCUAUUGAAUUUAUUGUUUUAUGUAAUUCAAGUAACAAUUCAAUGAGAAAAGUUAGUAGAAAUACAACAUAUACUUGUCAACAAACAACAUUUAAUGAAAUAAGUACUAUUGCCGUUCAAACUCGAGUAGCUAUUCCUGGUUAUACACAUGAUCGAAUAGCUGUUGUAGAAAUUAAUGUUGAACAAGUACCUGACAUACCAUUAUUUGAUGUUUUCAAUAAAACAGAAAAUACAAUAGUAAUACAAUGGAAUUAUAAUAAUUCAUUAAUAUCAAAUUUAUUUCAAUAUAAAAUUCAAUGUGGUUCUUAUGAUGAUUUCCAUCAAAUUGAUAUUCGUUCCAAUGGAUAUCAAUGUCAAUCACUUGAAGAAGGUACCCUUUACAUUAUUGCAAUGUCUUUAGUUAAUCUCAAUGAUACUAUUAAACGAUUAAGAAGUAUUCAGGCGAAUACAUUACUUCAAAAAUGUCAAUAUAGAAAUCAUUAUUAUCCUCCUGAUUUUAAUCCUUUUCGUUCAGUUAUAAUCGAAUGGAGUCCUCCAAAUAAAGGUUUUGAAAGAAUAUAUGUUUACUGUCCGUCAAUAUAUUAUACUUUUGAAUAUUAUGAAGUAAUGUCAAUCAUGUAUGUUAAAUGUGAAGUUACUAGUGGGCAAUCAUAUAAUGUCACAUUUGUUACUUAUAAAAGUGGUUUUGAACCGGCAGUGUUGCAAUUUACGAAUACUGCACCAUUCGAUUCGACAACAACAACUACAACUACAAUGACACCAGAAACGACAAUAACAACAUCCGCAACAACAACAACGACAUCAGAUACCACAUCAACAACAUCAUUAAUAACAACAACAUCAACAACAACUACAAUGGGACCAGUAGUGGAAUUAACAACAACUACAAUGGGACCAGUAGUGGAAUUAACAACAACUACAAUGGGACCAGUAGUUGAAUUAACAACGACUACAAUGGGACCAGUAGUUGAAUUAACAACAACUACAAUGGGACCAAUAGUUGAAUUAACAACAACUACAAUGGGACCAGUAGUGGAACUAACAACAACUACAAUGGGACCAGUAGUGGAAUUAACAACAACAACAAUGGGACCAGUAGUUGAAUUAACAACAACUACAAUGAAACCAGUAGUUGAAUUAACAACAACUACAAUGAAACCAGUAGUUGAAUUAACAACAACUACAAUGGGACCAGUAGUGGAAUUAACAACAACUACAAUGGGACCAGUAGUUGAAUUAACAACAACAACAAUGCGACCAGUAGUUGAAUUAACAACAACUACAAUGAAACCAGUAGUUGAAUUAACAACAACUACAAUGAAACCAGUAGUUGAAUUAACAACAACUACAAUGGGACCAGUAGUGGAAUUAACAACAACUACAAUGGGACCAGUGGUGGAACUAACAACAACUACAAUGGGACCAGUAGUGGAAUUAACAGCAACUACAACGGGCUUAACAACGACAACAUUUUCAAGUACUACUCCUGGAUGUUCUCAAAGUGAAUUACUGAAAGUAAUGGAUGAAUUAGCAAGAUGGCGCACGGCAGCUAUUAUUGCUUUUAUCAUUGCUGGAUUCUUACUUUUGGCUACUGUUUGUCUUACUCUUUUCUCAAUUUUCGUAGUUUUACGAAAUCGACAUAGUAAUUCUGAUGAAUAA